AUGGAUGAUACUGAAAUUCUCAGUAGCAGCGAACAGAAGAUGGAGGACGCUUCAACCGAAAGUCCUGCUGAUGCCAUAGCUGUUACCCACUCGUCGGAUGAUUCCGGCGACUCUGAUUCCGAUUCGGAGGAUGAGGCUGAGUCGAAUCAUCAGAUUGAAACCCUCGAGUCCGAGCUCUCCGCCAAUCCUUACAACUACGAUGCUUAUGUCCAAUAUAUAAAGCUUCUCAGGAAAACAGCGAACCUUGAAAAGCUAAGACAAGCAAGGAAAGCUAUGAGUGCCAUAUUUCCAUUGAGUCCUUCCUUGUGGCUUGAAUGGGCAAAGGAUGAAGCAUCUCUAGCCUCUAGUGAUAAUGUGCCUGAAAUUGUGAAGCUUUAUGAACGGGGACUUUCUGAUUAUCAGGUAUGUUCUCUUGUUUACUGGAAACAGUUGCUGGAAUAA